UGUUGUGGGGAAAUGCUCGGCGGACCGUGAAGCGUAACAGCCAGAAGAGGGACAAAGACGCACAUAGCGGGACAAAAUGCGACAGAGACAAACCUCUCCCAACUAAAAAAAACAAAACAAAACAACAACUUCGGAAUGCGUGGAUGGAUUAAAAGUAGUAGCGCCGGGAAGAGACGAAAGUAGCAAUGACAAGAAAGAUGAGUUCAAGUGUAGGAUCUGAGUUGUGGACAAUGACUGCGUGUGUUAAAGUGCGUGUUAACUUUGGAUAGUCCUGUGGCGCGUUUCAGAGCCGCGCCGGUGCCAUGGUGCUGACUGCAGUUUGGAGUAUGGGUUUUUGAACGGACAUGCCUCCCGAAAUGAGCCUUUCUGCGCCGUUUCUCCUUUUUGCAACCACGCGUGCUGAUUUCAGUCACAUCCUGACUUCUACAAAGCUCACCGGGAGGAGGAAAACUCAUCUGAGGUGCAAGUUAGUGGACAGUUUGCAGAAGAAGUGAGUCGGUAGUGAAUGUUUGACGCAUGUGGAGUACUUCUGUAAGCCUUCUGUGAGCCUGAUCCUCAUGUGCUGGUGAAGAAAGUGCACGUCACCGGACUAGAACUCCAUCCAAGCAUGAAAUGUUGGUGCAGCGCCGUGGCACUUCUCCCGUGGGUGCUGGUGGCCUUAGAUGCCCAGCUAAUCUGCUGGCAGGCGCUGCUUCGGUGCCACGACGAGCCCGAGUGCGAUCUUGCAUACAAUCAAUACUUGGCAGCGUGUGAAGGUAACAUCAGAGGGACCAGGAGGCAGUGCCCGAGCCACUGCAUCAACGCCCUGAUCCGACUCAAUCACACCCGCAGCGGGCCAGACCUGGAGACCUGCGACUGCGCCCAGGACCUGGACUGUCUGAGCGCCAAGCGGGCCAUAGAGCCGUGCCUUCCCCGCAGACACCCGAGCGAUGCCGGGGGUAUCGGCUGCAUGGAGGCCCGGCAGCGCUGCGAGGAAGACAGCAACUGCCACACCUCCCUCACGGCCUACUUGUCAUACUGCGGGCAGCUGUUCAAUGGAAGGAAGUGCUCCUCCAAGUGUAAAGCCACCAUUCAACAGAUGCUGUUCAUCCCAAACGGCAUGCUGCUGAACCGCUGUGUUUGUGAUGGGGUGGAGAGGCCUUUCUGUGAAGUGGUCAAGGAGAACAUGAGCAAACUCUGCUCCAUAGGAGACCACAGUGUUGUGUCAGACCAGCCUGACACUGAUGACAUCUAUGAGGACGAAGACUAUGACACUAAAAGUGACAGAGAGGACGUGUAUGUUGACAAUUCCUCUCCAUCCCAUAGGUUUUCCAGCUGCACGGCGCUCCUGUUUCUUCCUCUAGCAUGGAUAUUAUACUGAGAUGAUGGAAGCGUUUGUUGGAUUUAUCACUGAAAGAGUGACACUCGAGGAAGAUUGCUGUUCCAGAGGUCACUGCUGGAUUUAAUAAGGAUUCAGCUCAAAGACACUUGAGCAGGCCAAUGGCUCGCUUGGCAGAGGACUUGAACGUAGGUCUGCUGGAUGAGGAAAGUUAUUUUUUUUCACCCCUGGGCCUCUCUGCCAUUUCAUUUUAGCUGCAUGGUGACGGAGAGCACUGUAGUGGUUUGUGCAGACAUUUUUCCGCGACCGUACAGUUUGCAUAGUAAUUCUCCGUGCACGUGUCACUCAGGAAAUCUGUCCUUCUGAUCUGUGAUUCAGAUCUUCACACAGAUGGCCUUUGCAGUGCUCUGAGUGAAUCGCCACAUUGCUGAGUUGAAAGCAAAGCCUGUUGUCAAAAAUAUCUUCAGGUGACGGUGAGAAGAAGUGAACCAAACCAGACUUUGUUGCAGGGCUCAACCAUUUCGUGUGCCUUCAAACAGCUCCUGUUUAUUUGGUUUGGUUUCAAUGGUACUUGAAGUGUGGCUUUAUUAAGAGCUUAGACAAACAUUGGAGCCAUCCAGCCUCUGUUUGCUCUGCUCUCCAUUUCAGGGGCCUUUGCAUUGUUGCAGCAACCACACUUCAAAUAUUUGUGGGAAAUUUCAGAGGACAGGCGAGGGUGUGGGAUCAAGUACUUAAAUUAACUGAAGCGCCUCUCCAGCACUCUGUCUUGUUCCCCAUCCCCCAUUUGAGAUUGUUUUAUUGAACUUUUCCUGAAACCACCCCCCACCCCUCUCUUCCUCCUGUCUAAUGCGUGCCCCCCUUCUAAUGCCUUUAAAAGACCCCUGUCUUUAUUACUGCUUUCACACUGCCGCAACACCCCAGGAAAACCUGCCAGCUGCUGGUGUGAAUGGGUCAACAUAGCAUACCUGCAGUUUGUCCACAACACUGCUCAUGUCGGGAGGCCUGACACUGCUUUGCUUUGUUAUACACGUGUGAACGCAGUUUCUGAUUUACAAGCAUAUGUGUCAAAACAAACUGUGUGAUUUGAGGGUGAGUUGUUGCACAAAGUUUUUAUGAGCCCAUUGAACAAAAACGGUACAUUUUAUGGAUAUUAACACAACAAAAUGCCAGUUAAAUCAACACUGCAGCAGCAUCAACGCAGUAAUCAGUGGACAAAGCAGUGUCAGACCAGUGUGCCAGCAACAAGGUGAUCGCUCAUUAGCCAUAGAGUGGUAUGAGUGCUCCAACACAGGUUCAAUGAAUGUUUUGUAUUUUGUGUUGUGGGUGCAGGAGCAUGACAGUGUUGCCAACUUAACAACUUCCAGAUACUUUAGAAAACCUUUAACAUACAGGAUUAUCAACAAAUAACAUGUACAAAUACAGAUAAAGCUCAAACUAAUGAUAUAAAAGAUGUAGUCACUUUCACAAAUUCAUAGUGACGUUCCCUUCCUUUAAAAUGUACUUUGAAGUCUUUUAUUGUGUGUGUUUUGAGGCUGAGUAUAUCAGAACAAACCAUAUUUGUAGAUGAUCUGUUACCUGUCUGCAGGUCUACAUCAGUAGUCCAGGAACUGAAACCAGCCGCCUUUCAGUCUCACUUCUUUCUUCUGCCUUUCCGUGUUAAAGCUGUUUAGCAAAAAAAAAAAAGGGAAACAUUUGUUAGUUUGGAUCACUUGUACUGAAGCUGCCAGUUUGUGUCUUUUGCCACUUGAAAUGAAUUUCUUGAACAAUGUUGUUAAAUGUUAAAUUAUGAAGCUUAGAAAUACGAAGAAUGUGUAUAUAUUUUACAAUCAUAUGCAGUAAAAAAUUAAGUGUCGCUUAAAUGCCUUUAAUAUAAACACACAAACGUAGCUCAAGAUUUUGUCCACAAAGCCAGACAUGAUUUAGAGUUUUCAAUUUUUCAUCUCAUCUUGUGGGAACAUAGCAGUAAACACUCCAGAGCAGUAUCUUCCAUAUGGAAGAGUGAGUUUUAUAAUAAAAUGUUUAUGACUUAAA